UUCCAUGACGCUAUGCCGCCUCGAUUGAACAAACGACAGCAGCGGGAACAGGAAGAGCUUCAAGCUCUCAACGGUCUCUCGAAGCCACCAGAAUCUUCUAGUGAAGAUGAGAAGCCAGUGAACAAACCAGCAAAUACCGGUUUUGCAGCGCUUUUCACGCCAGGAGAUGAGCCAACCGAUGAGGAUGAGACUCCUGUGUCCAGCCAGAAGUCACGUAAGAAAAAGAAAAAGAAGGCAGCUGGUUCUGUUGCUGAAACCUCGCGGUCCGAGACGCCUGCUGCACCUACUCCUCCGCGUGCGACUCCUGUUGCACCGAAGAACGAAAAGAAAGCUGCGAAAAAAGCCAAGGCUCGAGAACGGAAAGCAGAGAAGGAGGAGUUUGAUCAAGCCCUUGCAGAGCUUUCUAUCAAGUACCCCGAGUUGCAAAAUGCGAUAAAUUACAACCGAGAGACUACUAGGCCUUCAAGCUCAUCUCUCACGUCACUCCUCUCAGUAUCCGUCGCCAAUCUGGACAGCGAGGCCGAGAUGCGCAAAUUCUUCGGGUCCAAGGUUGUUCAGGCAAACAAAUCCAAUGUCGCGGGCCCUUCUCGGCGCACCACAACCCAACGAUCUCAAUUGACACGACCACCCGCGGUCUGGUUUCGAACGGCACCACGAGAAGGAUUAUCGUUACGUCUAUUGACGAAUGAAGAGCUCUCUUCGAAGAGUGCGAAACAUGCAUGGGACCCUGCUUCCGAUGAGAAAUGGUGGACAGUCGAGUAUAGCAAGAAAUACAAGAGUGUGACCUUGGCUUUCAUGACUGUCGUAUACUCGGGCGAUCCCAACGGAUUCUACAACCUCUUACAACAGUUUCCGUGGCAUGGAGAUACGCUUCUCCAACUAGCGGAGGUAUAUCGCCACCGAGAAGAAUACUCCAAUGCGGUAGAAUAUGUUGACCGGGCGUUGUUCUCAUAUGAGCGGGCUUUCUUUGGCUCCUUCAAUUUUGCCACUGGUCUUAAUCGCCUCGACUUCGACCAUAUCGAGAAUCGACCAUUCUUCCUAGCUCUCCAUCGUCAAACAACAGACCUUCAACGUCGAGGUUGUGUGCGGACAGCGUUUGAGUUUGCGCGGCUUCUACUAUCAUUGGACCCUGAAAACGACCCGCAUGGUGCACUCCUCCAUCUCGACUUCUUAGCCGUCAAGACUAGUAUGACCGAGUGGCUUGUCGAAAUGUUCGAUUUCUACGCAACCUGUCGAGCUUCCAGCCAGACAAAAGAUGCCCGUGUUGAUCCAAGUUUACUUCCUGGGUGGUCCUACGCUCGAGCUUUAGCUUUGCGUAAAGGAAAGAAUCCCGAUGCAGGCACCAAGGCACUCGUUGAAGCUAUCCGCUCUUUUCCCACCAUCGUCCCCGUCUUAGCAGACAAACUCGACAUAUCGUUGCCCAACUCCAUUCGUGGCCAUUCCGAUUUCAAGAUCGAGACAGACGCUAAAUCCCUCCGGAAUCCCGAGGGAACUCUUCACCUUCUCUCGCAUCUUUAUGCCCAACGAUCUGCCCCUUUGUGGAAAGAUGAAUCGGUGUGGUUCAGAGACACCGUCACCACCGAAUUCGCUUCACUCCCCGCCUCGUUGCCCGUAUUACCUCGCCGCCAAGACUUCCUCUCGUUAUACCACAACCAAAAUCUUCGGUAUUCAGUGUAUCGCCACGUGAUGGUUUUGGAAUCUACCCACAAGCGACUAUUCGCCUACAUUCCGGCCGAUGUUCUCAAUGUCAAAUCGCUGCAAUGCGAUCCGCUUCCGCCCCCGACGGCCAUAACGUCGUACGACAAUGCAUUUUUUGAAGGGGUCGAGGACCUUCGGACGUUUGCGCCGCCGCGGAGACGAGCCCACCAAGAGAGAAUUCUCGCUCAGAUGAUCCCCAAUGCAGCGUUUCGACAGCAAUUGCAAGCGUUUUGGGAGGCGAUGCCAGCAGUGCAAGAGCAGUUUCCUGGAGGAAUCGUUCACUUCGCGCAGGCGGCAGCACAGAUGGACCCAGAAGCGUUGGAGGCUAUCAUGAUGGCCGCUGCUGUCGGAGAUGCAGGUGAAGUUCCCGUUGAAUUGCCGCCAGGUGGGGCGGGCAUGCCUGGUGAGAUGCCGGGAUUGGGAGGUGCCUGGGAAGACCCUGAAGAGCAGGAAGAAGUGCCUGAGGAAGUAAUCGACGAGCAAGACGAAGAAGAGAGUGAUGAGGAUGAAGUUGCUCCAUUACCGCUUCGGGUGCUUAGAAAUGUACUAGGACGAUUCUGGGGCGGCAACACGGCUCCUGAUGAUUCAUCUUCAGAUGAUGAAGAGAGGCAGCCAUUGGAUCCGGCUGGCGUUGAUUGA